AUGCUGCCCAAAGACAACAAAAGUGUGCCAGUGAGAACUUUGUAUCUGAGCAACCUUCCAUCUCGUCCAGAAAGUAAGGAUAACUUUAUAAAGUUCUUAUUAUCACAAAUUAAUCCAACUAAUAAAUAUAUCACAUCUUCUGAGUUACCAUUGCACACACUUGAAGGUAUAAACAAGGAAAAGUUACUGGAUGAAGAAAAAGGUAUUGUAUCUAUUUCACUAUCCAGAAAGCUAUCUUUGAAAAAACAGUGCUUUCUAACAUUUGAAAACCAUGCUAAAGCCAAGGAAUUUAGAAGUCAGUACUCCAAUUUUAAAAUAAACUCGCAAAGAGUCAGAAUAAAAUACGCUAAUAAGGAUUCAUUACUAGGCCUUGCAAUGAGAAACCAAUCAUUACUAAAAAAAGUUUUGAAAUCAAGAAAAUCGAAGAAAGAGUUAAGCAGAAACAAUGACUUGUUAGUCGAAAAACAAUUAAAAAGAAAGAUUAGAAGAGUAAGAGCAUCAUUACGAAAACGUGGUAUAUCAGAAGAUGAAAUUGAAGAGAUCUCUACCAAGCUUAGAAAAGAACAAAAUAUUAUCGAUAGUUCAAAAAUACAAAAACUAAAGACAAUAAAGAUACAAGAAAAGAAGAAUCUGCCACCAAAAUCUCUACUUCUAUAG